AUGUCGCUCGCCAGCAUCGUCAGCCGGACGUUCGAGGUUCCGUGGGUCAAGCGGAUGAUGAUGCCCGUGGCCCAAUGGUACGCCAAUGCGGCCGGAUAUAGGCAGAUGGGACUCAGAUACGAUGACUUGAUCCCCGAAGAAAGCGAUGUCGUCCAGCAAGCUCUCAAGCGACUUCCUCCCAAGGAGGCGUACGACCGUAUCUACCGCAUCCGCCGCGCGGUCCAGGACAUCCGCUACCUCCGACCCCUGAUUGAGGAAAUCGAGCGCGAGCGCCAGGAACGUGAAGACCUGGACUCUUUGGUUAUCAAGCGAUAA